AAAAAAAAAACAAGAACAAUAAAUAAAUUCAAGCAGGAGGAGAGCAGUUUUCUUCGAGGACAAGUUCGAGCGCGAGACGGAUGCAAUUACCUGUGUUUAUUCAAUUCGAAUUCAAUUGACUUCGACUUCCUUGUUAAGCAACGCAAUUCGGAAUAAAUAGGGCAGUUUCUGAGGAUUUCUUUGUGAGGGACACUCUUCGAUUUAUGUUUGUUUUGGGAAAUUUUGAUUGAUUGGUUGAUUCGCCCCUUCAAUUCAAGUUUUCAGCAGGGUGAUUAAGAAGUUAUUUAAUGACUUCAAGAACUUUAAGGAGGAGGCUCCAUCAUGGUGAUGUUGAUGGCAAAAGAAAUGAAAAAUAUGAUGCUUCUGGCUUCGAAGGUUUGAGUGAGCCUCUGCUUGGCAGCCAUGAAUAUAGUGAUAGAAGCUCGGAGGUACGCACACUUGAAGAUAUUUGGGACGAUGAGCGGAAGAAGCAACAGCUACACUGGACACUUCUGUUUUCUCAGUUGAUUGCACAAUGGGCUCAGUGGAUAGCAAACAUUGUCUUUGGUUCUGGAGCACUCUUUGGUCGACUUUUGCCAUUUUCUAUGACCACGCACAAUGGAAAAAACCAUAGGGUGGCUCCACCUCUUAGUCUUCUACAGGAAGAAAGACUCAGGAAUUUAAAGCAAAGGCUGGAAGUUCCCUUUGAUGGAUCUCGUGUUGAGCACCAAGAUGCUCUUAAAAGGUUAUGGAGGUUGGCAUAUCCAGACAGGGAGCUUCCACCUCUUAAAUCUGAGCUCUGGAAGGACAUGGGUUGGCAAGGUACAGAUCCUUCAACAGAUUUUAGAGGUGGUGGAUUUGUUUCACUGGAAAACCUUAUCUUCUUUGCCCAGAAAUAUCCGGAGUCAUUCCAUAGAUUGUUGUAUAAAAAAGAUGGUCAGAGAGCAGAGUGGGAAUAUCCAUUCGCCGUCGCUGGUAUCAACAUUUCAUUUAUGUUGGUGCAAAUGUUAGAUCUCCAAUCAGGGAAGCCAAGUUCAUCAGCUGGGAUCCGUUUCUUAGAACUUCUAGAGAAGGACGAGAUGGCAUUUGAUAACCUGUUCUGUAUAGCCUUCCAAUUGAUGGAUGCUCAAUGGCUUGCCAAGCGCGCUUCCUAUAUGGAUUUCAACGAUGUUUUGAAGUCUACCAGAAGUCAGUUAGAACGUGAGCUUGAACUUGAAGAUACCUCAAGUGUGAAAGAACUGCCAGCAUACAAUCUCUUAAGAAGAUAAUAUUCUUCUUCUUCUCCCAUCAUUAACUUCUAUCAGCUAUAGUUCUGCCAUCUCAUCUGAUCUGAUCUGAUCUGAUCUUCCUCGUCUCCAAUUUCUAUGUCACUUUCUAACAAUUGCAUUGUAAUAAAAUUCAAAAAGGGGACAAAAAGGGGAAAAAACCACACCUUCAAUCAUGAAAAUAGAGUAAAGUUGUUAUGAAUCUCCUUUCUAGUACCAAGUCUCAAGGCAUUGUAUCUUUAAAUGGAAUUGGAUACUCCUCGAGAUAAUCCUCUCUCUCCA